AUGGCGGAGCCUCCGUCGUCCCCGCCCCCGAGCCAGGCUGCGACCCCCGAGGAGUCGCUUGCUUGGUACAAGAGACAGUAUGAGCAGCUCGCGGACGAACUUGCCGAGUUCCGGGAGUCCAGUCACGAGCUUGAGGCUGAGUUGGAGAAGGAUCUGGACGCUGCCGACAAGCGGCAGCGCGAGUUGGAGCAGCGAGCGGAGACCAUUCAGUUCGAAGCAGAUGAGUGGAAGGAGAAAUACAAGCACGCCAAGGCCGAGGCGAAUGCUGCUCAGAAUGCUCUCGAGAAGGAAAUCACCACUCUGCGCGACACCAACCGUACUCUGACGCUGAGGCUACGCGAUAUUGAGGUUGCCAACGAUGAUUUUGAGCGCCAGGCUCGCAACACGACGUCCUCGCUCGAGGACAUGGAGUCCAAGUACAAUGUGGCCAUUGAGCGAUCUGUCAUGAUGGAGGAGGAGAUCAAGAUUGGAGAGCAAGAACGUGAGACUCUGCGCAUCGACGCCCAGCGCCUCCGCGAAGAACUUUCGGACCUGCGCGUCGAGGCCGAAAUCAUGCAGGACAAGAUCAAGAAGGCCGAAGACCGUCACCUUGCGUCCCUCGAGACGGAUCUCUCCGGGCCCGGAUCUCCCACCUUCGACCACUCGCCCCGCUCCGGAGCCAGCUCUCCACUCAUCACCACACCUCCAGACGAGAUGGCUCUGCCAGCCAUCACCAAGGACAACGGGCAUGCAAGCGUUGCGUCCGGUGCUGAUGUGCCACCUUCUCCGCCUAUGUCCGACGCCUCUGCAACGGUGGCCAGGUCUGGUCCCUCGAAGCUCAAGACUCCAGCGCCUUCAGCCUCGAAGAAGUCUCGGCUGCCUUCUGCCGAUCACAGCAUCACGCCCAAGCCCAUGGCGUCCAUCUCUGGCACAGGCAUGCGGCAAACUGCGCAGCGCUCUGUUACUGGCACGUUGCGCACGCCAGCUCCCUCUCGCACUACCGGAACACGCGCGGCCUCUCACAAGCUCCCCUCGUCGACCUCGCUCAACCACAUUCGUUCUCUUACGGCACAGAUGCAGCGGCUCGAGGCCCGCGUCCACAACGCCCGAUCCAAGCUUCCUGCGCCGACCUUUACUCCUCCAAAGGCCUCGCCCCGCUCCGCGGCUGGCGACGUCCAGGUGCCCUCAACCGUUACUAUGCGGUCGCGGAAGCGGACUUUCGGAUCCUCGACUUCCUCGGUUACUGACGAGACGCCCACGCAAUCAACCGGCCAGCACCGAACUCGUCUUAGCACGUCGGGUGUGUCUCGCCUCUCAUUCGGCCCUCUUCCCAACCGGACCAGCAACUACGACCCUGACAGCUCACGACCCAGCAGCCGAGCCAGUACCUCCGGUGGCUUCGUCAGGCCCGAGCGUCCUGCUAGCCGCAGCGAGAUUGCCCGCCCAAUGUCUCGGACAAGCCUAUCGGGUGCGCGGACGCCUAUGGGCAUCCGGCCGAGGAGCUCCCUUAGCGGAAGCCUGCACAGCCACUCCCAGAGUGUCAGCAGCUACUCCGACAUUGGUGAAGAUAGCUUGCUUGAGGAACGGACACCAAGCCGCAGGGGCACCUACAGCAAGUUCGAUGCGGACGGCGGUGCCAGCGGCAUUCCGGGCCCUAGUGCGAUCCCGAUGCCGCGGCGCCAAAGCGGUGGCGCUGGCGGUGUCUCUGUUUCCGGCCGGAGGAUAAGCGGCGGCACGACUCGCGAAGGCCUCACGCGGCCUCGCAAGCUCAGUGAUUUAGGGGAGACAUACUAG